UUUUAAUACUUCGUUGGAAGAUACCUGGCUCCGACGGCUUGAAAGGCCGAGAGGGCUUUCACAAUCGGAUAAUAAUGACUUUUAACACUUCGGAUUAGAGGGUUGUGUUAAUAGUUAUAAAUGACACCAUUACAACUGUCUGGCUUAGAUAUACUAAAAAUUUCGCUUUUUUGCGGUACUUGCCCUCAACCGUAGCACGAUUUCCGGCCGUGGAACACCAAGCACAGGGACGAAACACAGACCAGUGCUAGAGAACGUCAGAACGAAAUUUCCAUGUUUUUCUUGAACCGAGGCGAAAAUGCACGUAGCCACGUCGACACGCAGACGUUUGCAGAAAUAGGAAUCGAACCCCGAGACGAAAACGAUCGCCUUUGUAAGAAAAACUAUUCGGAGAGUCAGUGAGCUAAAUGAAAGGACAAAACAAAAGUUAAGAAAAGUUUCAGUGAAAACUAUUCCAAAUGGCUCUUGGUGAAUAUGACUUGAGAUUCUAGAUUUAACAACAUGGCAGAUAUAGAAUGUGGAGGAUAUCAAUUCCUCCACAACUUUGAUUCUGGAAAUUUGGCUAAUGUCGAGUAUCUCGGGUAUUAUGAACCCGAAGAUGAAGAGCCAUAUUUUGAAUUUGAUGUUUGGACAAGACCUGAUAAUGGAGGCUCCGAGUAUGAGAAUGGGAAUCGUACCUGGUUCUACUUUGGUAUCAGAGGUGGGACACCAUUCAGCACCAUAAAGUUGAACAUUCAGAUGAAUAAGCAAAGCAAGAUGUAUGGCCAAGGGAUGGCACCUGUUUAUCGGGUGCUCCCUGGAAGAGGGAAUUGGGAAAGGAUCAAGGACAGGCCGACGUUUUCAGUAAAUCUCGUGCAAAAUAUAACAAGUGGAAAAUUUAUUCUAAGUUUCAAACAUAAAUUAGGGGAAACUGAGAAGACGACAACAUUUUUCGCAUUCACAUACCCAUUUUCUUAUUCCGACCUCCAGAGUUUUUUGUGUUCGUUAGACUUCAUGUACCGAAUGAAGAAUGAGACAUCAACACACACAAAAGUAGAUGAUAUUUACUAUCACAGAGAGUUGCUGUGUUACACUCUAGAGAAACGAAGAGUUGAUUUAAUAACAAUAUCAUCCCACCAUAACAUUAGCACUCAACGAGAGCCAAGAUUCGAACAUCUAUUCCCCGAUCUGUCGACACCCAGAUGUUUCAAAUUUAUCAAAAAGAAUGAAAGUGAAAGUGAUAAAUAUCUCUUCAAGUUCAGAAGACAAUUCAUGAAACCGACUCAAAAACAGGUAAUAUUUCUCAGCGCCAGAGUUCACCCUGGAGAAACGCCUUCGAGCUUUGUCAUGAAUGGGAUUUUGUCGUUUUUGAUGUGCAAAGAGGAUCCUGUUGCCAUAGCCCUAAGAAAGUAUUACGUCUUCAAGAUAAUACCAAUGAUCAAUCCCGAUGGGGUUUAUAGAGGCAAUUAUAGGACAGAUACAAGAGGAGUCAAUCUUAACAGGGUUUACCUAAAUCCUUCUCCUACUGAUCAUCCUGCAAUUUAUGGCGCAAGGAAAUUGAUCCUCUUUUACCACCAUGGUCGUGAAGUUGAAGAACCGCCAAAUCUAUUUGCUGCUUUCAGCCUUCCUAGCCCUAAUGAUAAAACAGAUGACACUGAUUUGAAAGUACUAAAAACUUACGAUCAGGCUGAUGAUAGCCCAGAGGAGGAAUGCGAUGACAGCUGUGGGGAUUUAAUCCACCUUCCGAACAAUGGAACUGCGGAUUGUAACGAAGAAAAAAAUAGUCCAGAUUUGUCUUUCCACCAGUUGAUAACACCGCCUGAAAAUUCUGGCAUAUUUCUGUACAUUGAUAUGCAUGGUCAUGCCUCAAAAAAAGGCAUUUUUAUGUAUGGAAAUCAUUUUAAAAACAUGCAAGAUAACAUUGAUUGCAUGCUACUGCCAAAGUUGAUCUCAAUCAAUUCCCAACAUUUCCAUUUCGACUCAUGUAACUUUACAGAGAGAAACAUGUAUCUCAAGGAUAAAAAAGAUGGCAGUUCGAGAGAAGGCGCAGGCAGAGUCGCCACGCUAAAGUUAAUAGGGCUGAUCAGAAGUUAUACUUUAGAGUGUAAUUACAACAUGGGGAAGAGAGUGAACCAUCUUCCUCCACCCCUGCGAGAGACUCUAGACAAGAAGCCCAUGCAACCGCAUAUAACACCUCCAAAGUUCACGCCACAGAUUUUUGAAGAGGUUGGACGUUCCAUUCUUUGGUCUGUUCUUGAUUUAAAUGGUCUUCAUCCAAAUUCUCGCCUUAUUAAUUCAUCAUAUAGAUGUUUGUUGAAUGUACGAGAAGUGCUGAAGUAUAAAGUAAUUGCUGAUCAAAAUCUGAGUGACGGCAAAGCCGAAAUGAAAAAAGCUAGAAGUAGCAAGGUGAAGGGUGACAAUAGUGGCAUCACUUUCAAUGGUAGCAAACCAAAAGUAAACAACCGAGGAGAAGAUAGAUCCAGGAAAUCGAAGGUGUCCCCAAACCCUUCGAAUAGCGCUUCUCUGUCUAAAUUUGGGACCAAAGGUCAGCCCAGCCAUGUGUCGACUGCACCAGAAAUAAGGAAAAAGCGAAUGAAAAGGACAAAUUCACCUAAUUGGAUGAGUAUGUCUCGUCUCGAGAAAAAAGGCGAUGCCAAAAGGCUUCUGCCUGAACAGCGUAGGAAGAAGUUGAAACCAAAUGACAUUAAUGAUGAAAAUGCUAACACACUGAAAGACCAGAGAGAUCCUCAUUUGGAAGAAAUAAAAAAUUAUAUUGAGCACAUGGGUGAAAAAGAAGUAGUUGAGUAUGAGCAGGCCAAGAUGUUAUUGUGCCGAUAUUUGCUUCUUGCUUUUGCACUUGAUACUGCACGUUCUCAGCAUAAUAAAUACCCCAUGAUUAAUCAAAGUGAGCAGACAAAAACGGCCUUAUAAGUUCGCACCUUCAAUGUGAACUUACAUGCUCGGCAUCUUCUUGGGAAGGAGAACAAUAGAACCCAUUUCUCAUUUCGUCAAAACCGAAACAAGCCCUUAUACUUUCUGGAUUUUCGGUUCGAGCAAUUUCUGGAUUAGAAGGGCCAGUUAAUUCAUUCAGUUUGGAAACUCCAUAGUCGUUCAAAAGCUCCAUUGCAAUAACCGGCGAUGAAGUCAUAUGGGCAAUCACAGCACUGAUGACACAAACAUAAACAACAAAUAAAUGUAUUUUCUAUUGUAAUUCUACUUAA